AUGUUGAGAGUAAGUAACGAAGAGUCCCCUCGCGAGUCCUUGUACCGCUCGUGGCCCCUGGAGUUGUUUGGGACACCACGAUACUUUGAUCGCAAGGCCGAGAACCAACCCUACAUUGAGUGGUUAAGAGACUGGUAUAGGAGGGAUACUGUUGAAGACACACUUAGUGAUGAUGACGAGGGGGGUGAAGAGGAGGGAGCGAUUGGAGAGGUUGAAGAGGAAGAAGCGGAAGAGGGAUUUGAGUUCCCAAGAAACGGUUUCGAUCUCUCAAGGGAGACUGAAGAUGAGACACCAGAGAAGAUUUGCCAGGGUACGAAAGAUGACGAUAACAAUGUUUUCGGUCAGAGAAAUAUUGUCAGGCUUUUCAUGGAAGGUAUGGUGGGUGACGAAGAGGACCUACCGUAUCAAGAUCAAGUCGAUGUCGUGGCGGGAUGGUAUGAGCAAGCAGUCGGCUAUGAUGUCGACAAAAACGCGGCAAUUCUACUCGACGAUAGGACUCGUGAUGAUGAGAUUUCAAGGAACCCAAGACAAUCACGGCCGUGGCAUGGUCCGUUGUCCUCAAAGCAACUCAGAGAAGAAUUGAGCAAGCCGCGUUACGUGGUGGACCCCCGGAAGACUUCUGUGGACAAUAGCGGGUCCACCGCCGAGAGGAGACUCAUCUUCAUUACCGAUCUUGAUCCACCCAACAUGGAGGCCGUUCUUGCAACUGCACCUCGAACCCAUGCUUUAGCACUCAAGAACUGCUUGUAUAGGUAUUUGACUGGCAAAGCAGCCAUAGAAGUCACCAUUCCUGUAAGUUGA